AUGAGUUCCUUGAAGCAGUUCAUCCGCAAUGUGCGUGCGGCCAAGACCAUUGCCGACGAGCGAGCCGUCAUUCAAAAAGAAAGCGCCGCCAUUCGAGCCAGCUUCCGAGAGGAGAGCCACGAUCACAACAUAAGGCGAAACAAUGUCGCCAAGCUUCUCUAUCUCUUCACAUUGGGCGAGAGAACCCAUUUCGGACAAAUUGAAUGUAUCAAGCUUCUGGCCUCCCCUCGCUUCGCCGACAAGCGCCUGGGACACUUGGCCACAAGUCUGUUGCUUGACGAGAACCAGGAGGUAUUGACGCUUGUUACCAACUCUCUACAAAAUGAUCUUGGUCACUCGAACCAGUACAUUGUCGGCCUUGCCCUCUGCACUCUAGGAAACAUUGCAUCAAUCGAGAUGUCGAGAGAUCUGUUCGCCGAGAUUGAGAAGCUAGUAUCGACCAACAACCCGUACAUUCGGAGGAAAGCUGCGCUGUGCGCCAUGAAGAUUUGUCGAAAAGUCCCCGACCUGCAGGAGCAUUUUAUCGAAAAGGCCGCCGCCUUGCUCUCCGACCGAAACCACGGUGUACUUUUGUGCGGUCUCACACUCGUCACCAGCAUGUGUGAGGCUGACGAAGAGGAGGGCGGUGAAGAGGGCAUUGUCGACAAGUACAAGCAGUUCAUCCCCGUUCUAGUGAGAACCCUGAAGGGACUGGCUACUUCUGGAUACGCCCCCGAGCACGACGUGACUGGAAUCACGGAUCCAUUCUUGCAAGUCAAGAUUCUACAGCUGCUCCGAGUCUUGGUUCGUGGCGACCCCGAGGGUACCGAGCAGAUCAACGACAUUUUGGCCCAGGUGGCCACAAACACCGACUCCACCAAGAAUGUUGGCAACUCUAUCCUGUACGAGGCGGUGCGCACGAUUCUGGACAUUGAUGCCGACUCUGGUCUUCGGGUUCUGGGUGUCAACAUUCUUGGAAAGUUCUUGACGAACCGCGACAACAACAUCCGAUACGUGGCACUGAACACUCUCAUCAAGGUUGUCGCAGUUGAGCCAAACGCUGUCCAGAGACAUAGAAAUACAAUUCUCGACUGUCUGAGGGAUCCCGAUAUUAGCAUUAGACGGCGCGCUCUGGAUCUCAGUUUCACGCUUAUCAACGAAAGUAAUGUCCGCAUUCUCAUCCGAGAGCUUUUGGCCUUUUUGGAAGUAGCCGACAAUGAGUUCAAGCCGACCAUGACGAGCCAGAUUGGUAUCGCCGCUGACCGAUACUCGCCAAACAAGCGGUGGCAUGUCGACACCAUGCUGCGAGUGUUGAGUCUUGCCGGAAACUACGUCAAGGAGCAGAUCAUGUCUUCAUUCAUCCGUCUUGUUGCUACCACGCCCGAGCUUCAGACUUAUGCCGUCCAGAAACUCUACAUGAAUCUGAAGAAGGACAUCACCCAGGAAAGUUUGACUCAGGCCGGCUCUUGGUGUAUUGGAGAAUAUGCCGACUCAUUGCUCAGGGGUGGACAGUAUGAAGAGGAGGAACUGGUACAGGAAGUCAAGGAAAACGAGAUCAUUGACCUUUUCUCGACUAUACUGAACAGCAGCUAUGCCAGCCAGGUGACAACUGAAUAUAUCGUGACGGCUCUGGUCAAACUCAGCACCCGGUUGUCCGACGCGUCGCAGAUUGAAAGAGUGCGUCGCCUUAUCCAACAACACCAAACUAGUUUAGACGUCGAAGUUCAGCAGAGAGCCGUCGAGUACAGCAACCUCUUUGCAUAUGAUGAGAUUCGUCGGGGAGUUUUGGAGAAGAUGCCACCACCGCAGAUCAAGGAAUCAUCGCGCGUCCUGGGCGAGGCCACUACCAAGUCAAAGAAGGCGGCCAAUCGCAGAUCCAAGCUUGUGGCAAAACCUUCUACAGACCAGGAUUUGUUAGACCUUAUGGGCGAUGUGACGGGCGGUCCUGCUUUGGCGUCGCCUACCAAUGGCGGAUCAAGCAAUGCGGACUUGCUUGCAGAUAUUCUGGGCGGCACCAGCAGCCCGCCACCUCAGAGCGCUGGCUCUCCACCACCAGGGUCGAAUGUUGCAUCAAUCAUGGAUCUCUUUUCUCAGGGCGGGACCGCCUCUCCCGCGCCGGCAGCUGCAGCACCCCCUGCCAGCUCUGGACUGGACAUCUUGGGCGGCAUGGGAACACCUCCACCCCAGGCACAGGCACCUGCUGGACUUCCGUGCUACGAUGCCAACGGUGUCAAUGUGACACUGGCGCUUCAAAGAAAUGCAGAAGGCGCCGUACAAGUUACUGGACGCUUCCGGAACAAUUCGGGCGGUCCGAUCUCGAAUGCUGGUCUCCAGGCAGCUGUGCCCAAGUCACAAAAGCUGCAAUUGCUCAGUAUAUCAAACACGGAUAUCCCUGCCGGUGGUGAAGCUACGCAGCUCAUGAGGAUCAUGGGCAGCAAAGGACCUCUGCGGUUACGACUCAGAGUCGGUUACACACAUCCCUCGGCAGGUCAGGUAAUGGAUCAGGUAAACUGGACGGAGCCAUCUUAA